ACAAAGAAGUUGUUAAUCCAUCAAAACCUGAAAUCCUGCAGAACGAACAUGAAAAUAUGAUAACGUAUGUCUGCCUUAUUGAGAAAUUCUACCCAGAAGUUAUUCGGGUCACAUGGAAUGAUGAAGAAAAUAAGGAGGUAACAGACAACGUAGUGAAAGGAGACACUUGGAAGCUCUCAGAAGAUAAAUACUCAGUCAGCAGCUGGUUAACUGUACCACUGAAGGACAAAGACAAGAAAUACUCCUGCAACUACGAGCAUGAAAACCAACAGCAUUCAGUGUCAACACACGAUUCUACAAAGACAACUACUCAGGAAGUGGACUGCAGCACACAUCCUGGAAACGGGACAGUUUUUAACAGAGAUCACUUAAUGCACAGGACAGCAUAUUUAGUGUACAUCAUACUUCUCCUGAAGAGCUCCAUGUACUAUCUCAUCGUACUCUUCUUCAUCUACAGAAUGUGGGCUCCAACCAAGCAACGAGGAAAGAAAGCAUAA